AUGGAGGAGGAGAUACAGCGACGAGAUGUCGAGAAGCGCGGGUCGGGAGUGAGCGUGGAGACCUCGAGCAGCUACGUGAAGGGCUCCACGCCGGGCCAGCUCACUCGGGUGGCCGACCUCUCCGCACACUGGCUCGACCCCACCCUCCAGCUGCCGCCCUUCCUGCCCCAGGACAACCUCUCCCUCACCGAUUGGGUCAUUGCAUCGGCAGAGGAGCGACUGGCCGGAUCGCAGGCGGUGCUUGAGGUGCUCGACGCCGACCUGUCGCGCCUUCUGCGCCAGAAGUACCACGUGUUCUGGAGCCACAUCAUCUUCGACCCGCGCCUGCUGCGCCUCAUCGACUCCUUCCUCCGCUACGCGCGCCGCGCGUUCGACGGCAACGGCGGCGACGACAGCUCGAGCCCGGCCCUCGAUCCCCAGUCCACCUACUUCUCCGUGUUCGUCAAGGUCUUCAAGGUGUUGCUCCGCAUGUCGACCAACCGGGAGUCGGCGACGGACUUCAUGGACGCGCGGUACUUUGCCGAUCUGGUCUACGACAAGUGGAUCUUUGACGUACCCAAGAUUUUCGACAUCUGCACCCUCUACGGCUCCUACAACGCCAAGGAGGUGAACCGAUUGGUGUCGUCGCUGCUCAAUCUUCAGCCCAAGUACAAGGAUGAUCUCAAGCAGGCCGUGCCCAUCAUCUCCCGCGUCGAAGUGGAGAGGCGGCUGCAGCAGUUGAUCAAGGAGGCCGGCCCGCAGGGAAGGACCUUCGACGACGAAGACCAGGUGGACCAGCUGUGCGACGUCGAGUACUACCUGCAGGACAUCCUCGCCACCCUCUACGCCUUCCUGCGCAUCCACCCCGAGUCGGCCGCCCUCUUCAAGGAGGGCCUCGACGUCGCGCUCCUCGCUCAGCUCUACGACCAGGUCCUGCCCCACCUGUUCCGCAUCACCGUCCCGCCCGGCCAGCAAGCGCGGCGGCAAGCUUACCUCCAGCGGGCGAAGAGCUACCUCGUUGCCGUGGGCUACACCCUUCUGCAGCAGUACUACGUGGAGCCGCUUCUCCAUGGAACAGGAAGCAAUGGCCAGGCCGACAGGAAGGGCAAGCAGCGAGAUGACGGCAAGGGCAAGGGCAAAGACAACCAUGGUUUGGCCGACCAGUUGCUGAACCUGCUGCAAGCGCUUACCGGCACUGAGGGUGAGACCACCUUCAUCCGCGAUAUCGGCUUCAACUUCCCGCUUCUCGAGACGCUCGAGAGCGUUCGAUCGAAACUGGACGCUACUCGCUUUGACUGGGUGGUGGCCAUCAUCCAGUCCCUCUGCGGCCUCUCCGUGGCGACGCCGGCCGCGGCGAGCGCGCAGCCCUCCUCCGCAGCCUCGGCCGCCUUCGAAGUGGACGCGAGCCGAGCAUCGCUGAUCACGCAGGUGCGUGACCUGUUCCCUGAGCUGGGCGAGGGCUUCAUCGCGGCGUGCCUCCACUAUUUCGAGGACAGCGCCGAGGCGGUGAUAGAUGCGCUCCUCACCAACGCGCUCCCGGCCGCCCUCACGUCGCUCAAGCGCAACAUGCCCCUCCCGGCCAAGCCCGUCGUCGCGGCCGCCACGGCCGCCAGGCCCGCUCAGGCCCAGGCUGCAGCAGCGCAGCCUGCUCAGCCGGCCCAGCCCGAGCGAAGGAACAUCUUCGACGACGAAGACUUGAGCAACGUCCGCGUUCUGCACGGCAAGAAGAAACAAGUGGGCGCGCUCAAGCUGAUGGCGCAAAAGAGCGAGGUGAAGCAGCUGCGGCGCACGUACGAGCAGUACGAGUACGAAGACGAAUACGACGACUCCUACGACACCUUCCAGGCCGUCGGUGACGCCGAUGGCGAGGGUCUGGACCCGAUUCAGCCGAACCCCAACCGCCCGACCCUGCGACAGCGCGACGCGGACGACGCCAACGACAACGACGAGUCCUCCGCGGCCAAGGCCGCCGGCGAGGGCAACAACGAAAACGGAGACGACAACGAAGACGAUGACGAUGACGGCUCCACCCAGCAGCGACGUCGGCCUGGGCUCGCCCCGGGCCGAGCGCCUGUAGCCGGACGUGGACGCGGUAGCGUCGGACGAGGGAAACAGCCGCCAGCUGCAGCUCCAUCAUCAUCGGCUUCGCGAGGCGGCGGAGCUGGUCGAGGCGCCGGCGCCGGUGGUGGACGCGGCAGAGGGCGAGGCGGACGAGGACGGGGCGGACCGGCGGGCGACGACAUGAGCGACCGACAGAAGCUGCUGAAGGAUCGUCACAAGAGCCGCCUGGCCAACCACGACAGGAAGCAGCGUGCGCUCAAGAAGAAAGGCACCACCCUGCCCCCGCCCAUGUAA